AUGACCUCCGCCAUCGACGACGAUGACCUCGCCCUCUCCAUCUCCAGCUCGCAGCCCCGCCGCGGCAACGAGGCCCCCAAUGGCACCACCACUGGCCCCUCAACCGCGGCCUCCGGCUCGACCAACCCCACCAUUCCCGCCAUGCCACCACCCCGCCAGCGCACAGGCAAAGGCUCAGAGCGGCUGGGACAGUACAACAUCGUCAAGACGCUCGGCGAGGGCUCGUUCGGCAAGGUGAAGCUGGCCACGCACAACUCGUCCGGGCAGAAGGUAGCUCUCAAGAUCAUCUCGCGUAAGAAGCUGGUUACUAGGGAUAUGGCCGGCCGCAUCGAGCGUGAGAUCCAGUACCUGCAACUCCUGCGUCACCCGCACAUCAUCAAGCUCUACACCGUCAUCACCAUGCCCACGGAGAUUGUCAUGGUGCUGGAGUAUGCUGGCGGGGAGCUGUUCGACUACAUUGUGAAGAAUGGGAAGAUGGCCGAGGACAAGGCGCGGAAGUUCUUCCAGCAGAUAACAUGCGCUGUGGAGUACUGUCAUCGCCAUAAAAUCGUGCAUCGGGAUUUGAAGCCGGAGAAUCUGUUGCUGGACGAGCAGCUGAAUGUGAAGAUUGCGGAUUUUGGCUUGAGUAACAUCAUGACCGACGGGAACUUUCUCAAGACGAGCUGUGGGAGUCCCAACUACGCUGCGCCUGAGGUUAUUAGCGGGAAGCUCUACGCCGGUCCGGAGGUGGAUGUGUGGAGCUGUGGUGUCAUCCUCUACGUCCUGCUGUGCGGGCGUCUGCCGUUCGACGACGAGUACAUCCCUUCGCUGUUUAGGAAGAUUGCGCAGGGCAACUAUUCCAUCCCGCCGUAUGUAUCCUCCGGAGCGCAGCGGCUCAUCAAGAAGAUGCUGCAGGUCAAUCCGGUCAACCGCAUCACCAUCCAGGAAAUCCGCCAGGACCCGUGGUUCAUGAAGGAUUUACCCGAAUACCUGCAACCUCCCGUGGAAGACUUCAUCGACACCGGAGUCGACCCCAACAAGGCCAUUGACCCGCACGCGCUUGCCAAGGGCAAACCGGUCGUUGUGCAAGAGAAGCUCCAUCAGAGUGUCGUGGGCAAGCUUGGUAAGACCAUGGGUUAUGCGCCCGAUGAUGUUCAGGAAGCGCUGGCGAAAGACGAGCCAAGCGCGAUCAAGGAUGCCUAUCUCAUUGUGAGGGAGAACCAGUUGAUGAAGACGAACCCAUCGCUGGCGCAGGACCAGCCGGCUUUCAUGGCGCAGUCGCCACCGACGUUCAAUCAUAGUCUGCCAACGUCGCCGCCGGGAGGACGGCCGGGGCCGUCACCGUUGGCUGGGAUGGAUCACCCGAGGCAUGGCUCGACUGGGUCGUCGUCGAUUGUUGAGGCUCGCUCGCCGGCGUCUACAAUUGCGGUACUGCCGUCUUCACUGCCGGACUACCAUGCGCAGUACAUGAAGGGUCAGGCGCAGCAGCAUGCUUCAUCGCCGACACAAGCGGACGAUGCGCCUGACGACAAUCGUUUGCGCACGCAGGAAGAACAGGAAGCUACCGCGCGUCGCCUCAAGCCGCACAGCAGGAGCACGACCAACCUGCAACGCAACGGCAACAAGCCGGAGUCCAUGACUCCGAUCCCCGACAAAGGCUCCAAGAAGACGAAGCCCCAGAAAUGGCAGUUCGGCAUCCGCAGUAGGAAUACGCCAUGCGAAGCAAUGCUUGCUCUGUACAAAGCUUUGAAGAAGAUGGGAGCGGAGUGGGAGGUGGUGCGGCCGCGUGAUCCGGGUACGGGGAGUGGGGAGGGCAGUCCUGAGCGUGGCCAGCGUGAUGGGAGUCAGAGUCCAGAGUACAGCGACUCGGACCCCGAGCCUGGUACAGAUCCAGAAUAUGCUACGCACUCGGAUCAGGAGAAGAGGCGGCUGCAUCGCAGGGACGAGACGAAUUUGAACAACGACCACAAGAAGCCGUGGAUGCAGCGCUACGGGCGGUGGAACGACUGGGGCUACACGCUGCCGGAAGACCCGUGGGUCAUCUACGCGCGCUUCCGGAAGGACAACAUGUACCCGCCCGGCAUCAACCCGCCUUCUUCCACGCACUCCUCCCGCGUCGACCUCCACGAGCGCGAGGCGCGUCGCAGCUCUUCGGUGUCCGGCGCCAACUCCACGGCCGGCAGUAUGGAGAACAUGGCCGCCGUCGGCCCCGGCGCGACUUCCACCAGCAGCGCUGCUCCGAGCUUACACGGCCCCGGCGAGAACCCCGGCUGGGCGCGCGCACACGACAGCGCGUGGGUGUACGUGACGAUCCAGCUGUACAGCAUCGAGAAGGACUUUUACCUGGUCGACUUCAAGUGCGCGGGUUACGAGCGGCUGGUUCGGCGCUUCGCCUCCGAAGUCUCCGGCGGCGGCGCGGGGAGUAACGAGAGCGACGUCGUGCGCGUGGAUAACGCCGAGCCCGGCUACGAGGAAGGGGACGGCGCGGUGGAUGAGUGGGGGGAAGAGAUGGUGGGGGCGGGGCGGAGCGAGGGGGAGAAGGAUGUUAGUAGUCCGUUUCCGUUUUUGGACGUGGCGAGAGGAGCUGAGAAAGAGGAGGAGUUUGAUAAGGAAGAAGAUGCUAGGGAGAAGGAGAUUAUUGGACGGCUUAUUGAGCAGAUUAAGGGGGUUGAGGGGAGGGAUGGUGGGAAGGAGGAUGGAGAGGAGGAGAGGAGAAAGAGGAAGAAGGCGAAGAAGGAAAAAAAGGUCAAAGAAGGGAAGAAGCUUGCUGAAGAGCGGAGGCUGGCGCAUGAGGAGAUGGUGAAGCGGGAGCGGAAGGCUGCGGCCAAGAAGGCCGUCGCUGUCGAAGUGAACGAGGUGGAAGAUGGUGAAGAUGGAGAGGAAAGGGGAGAGUGGAAGGAGGACUUGACGGAUGCGCAGCGCGCUGUUUUUGGGAGUGGGGUGUUUGUUAUGGAGCAUGAGGAGUAA